AUGUUAUAUGAGUUAGUUAGUAUUGUACGUGUUGUGAAUCCAAUGACAGCCAAUAGAGAGGCCAAGGAUUUAGCCACAACGAUAGGGAAAUUAAUUAUCAACAAUAGAGGUGUCUUAAGAAGAAUCAUACCUAUGGGAACUCGUUUCUUACCAAAGAUUAUGAAAACUGAUCAAGAUAGACAUUUUCAAGGCUAUCAUUUUAUGAUGUUAUUUGAUUCAUCAGCAGCUGUACAGAGUGAGAUUUUGAGGACAUUAAGAAAUGAUCCUCGUGUAAUAAGGUCAUCCAUUGUGAAAGUUGAUACCUCAAAGAAUCUUGAUGUGUCAUCAUCGAUUGAAAGAGCAACAGGAUACAAUUCCAUAUUGGAAAGAUCGAACAAAAGCAUUUUAUAA